AUGGGCUCUAAUAAUGGAGCUAUUUUCAACACUGGCCUUGAUCUCGGCUUAGGAAAUUCCCAAUACCACAAGGAAGAUGAUCACGAAAUUAAUAAUAUCAAGAUCAAGAAGCUAAUCUGUUUGAGAUAUGACCAUAUAUUGCCAUCUCUUACACUUGGCACAUCAUCAUCAUCAUCAUCAGAUCAUCAAUAUGGUGAUCAUCAUCAUCAUACUGCGGUUGAUCAAGUACAUGAUCAUGAUUUGCAUGGAGUACGACCUGGAGCCAAUUAUUCUCUUGCCACAGUCUCAUCGUUAUCUAACUCCUCCACUACAACUUUGAAGAGAGAGAGAUCAGAACUCGGUGGAAGCCGAGGCAGAGGCGGCAGCCGUGGUAGUGGUGGCGAUGAGUUUGAGGUAGAAGUAGAGUUGGAGAGAUUCUCAGGUUCCAGGGUUAGUACUAAUGAUGAAUUAUUAGAUGAAGAUCAGGCUAGUCCCCGGAAGAAACUCAGGCUCACUAAACAACAAUCUGCUCUAUUGGAAGACAGCUUCAAAGAGCAUAACACUCUUAAUCCUAAGCAAAAGCAGGAUUUGGCAAGAAAACUGAAUCUAAGGCCACGACAAGUAGAAGUAUGGUUCCAAAACAGAAGGGCUAGGACUAAGCUGAAACAAACGGAAGCAGACUACGAGCUAAUGAAAAAAUGUUGCGAGUCACUGACAGAAGAAAAUAAAAGGCUACAAAGGGAAGUAGAAGAGCUAAAAGCAGUGAAAUUGACGGCGGCGCCGUUUCUUUUGCAGUUUCCCUCCACGUCGACAGCUACCCUGACUAUAUGCCCCUCUUGUACUGAACGGAUCUGCAGUAGUAGUGGUACUAGUAACGGAGGGGGUAGUAGUCAUCAUCAUGAUAAUGAUCAAUAUGGUUCUGCUAAUUCUUUUCUCAAAAUUAAUGGAGCGAAGCCUCAUCAUCACAACAAUAGCUUCUCCAACCCUUUUAUCGCUACAAUUAAUUCCUCUGCAGCUUGCUAGCUACAGUAACUUAGUCGAUAAUGAUCUUGAUUAGGUACGAACGAUCGAGAGGGUUAUUAAGAAAGUUACUAUCCAACACUCUUCUUAAUUAAUUAAUGAUAUUAAUUAAUAAUUUUGAAAGUAAUGCUACCGUACCUCACACGUGUCACUAGCUAGUACAUGUGUAUAUCAUAAUCAAUCAUUAUUAUGAUAAUAUUAUAUAUAUAUAUAUGUGCAUCUUUUUAUGUAUAAAUAAUAUUUAAUAUGUUAAUAAUAAUCAUAAUUAUGAUGA